AUGCUGCCUGCGGCCCUUCGACAGCGCCUGGAUCGCUUGAACAACUUUCAGUCGGCUUUUCUAGCUCCGCUGGACGGAGUCGAUUCGACCCAAUACCCCAGCCAGGGACUUACCUAUACUCCAGAGCUUGACUUGGCUUCAUCGCCCCCGACUUCUACAGGCAGUAAAGGCUCGACAGUAUCCGUCUGGCCCAAUACCUCCGGCACUUCAACCCCUGACCCAGACAGGCCAUCUAAUUUGACCGCUUACGAAAGUAGCUCGGGUCUUAGAUGGAAUAGAGUGGUACCUGCAUUCUCCUUGCUUCGAAAUGCCGGUUUCGAGGCCCAACAACCAAAUUCGGACACUCAUCUCAUCCGAAGUCUCUUCAUCGAUGGUGUGGGUUACCUGUUAGAAGCGCUUCCCUCGGAUUUGACCGAUGAUGAAACUCGUUUAAUUCACGAUCGACUUCCGGGUCCUUUGAAGGCCAAUACAGGUUAUGCUUCCGGCUCGUCUUCGCAAAAUCGUCCCGUCGCCUCGAAUUCACCGUCGUAUUUGCAUCGCGUAAUCGCCACGUUGAUUGUGUACGGAUUUAUUUUCGUGCAACUCCUACUCCCGUACGCAAAGGUGUUGUUGAAUUCCUUAUAUACAUAUGAACGGAAGUACCGUGUCACUGAGAGAGUUCUCGUGGCCGCUCUAGAAACAGCCGAUGGCGUAGGUAAAGGCGCUAGUAAUAUCGGCUCGACGCUGACAACAUUGGGCGAAGGAAGGGUCUUCAGUGGGUUAUGUACGCUAACAGCCUGGACGAUUGAGUCUGUUGCUGGUGGUGUGUACGAUGGAGUCAAUGAGGGGCUCGUUGUCUUGGGAGCGAGUCAUCGGGCGGCCAACGUAGUACAGCCGAAGCCUUCGUAG